GCAUGGAGGUGGCUCCAUAACUGCCGGAACAGAAUUCACUUUUAUUUUUAACGUGAACUUUAGAUUUGCGAACGUUAUUUGAUGUUAUUGUGUGACUAAGUGAACGGUGUAAGAGGGAAGGUAGGAGCGGUCCGGCUGAGCGUUGAUCCGAGAGCGGGAGCUGCGGGUCCUCGGCCUCCGGCGGGACAUGGCGGCGGUGGCGGCGCGGGGCCUGUGGAGAGGCUGCGGAAGCAUUUUUGCGAGCACUGCCUGGAAUCGGACUGGCUGGCCUUUUCUCCACUGUACCUCAGCCCUGCAGACUGGAUUAUCCACAUCCACACCACUCCCUUCUGUGCUCCAUCAGUAUAGGCACAGCAGUUUCUUUAACAAAUUGACAGCAGAUGAAUUAUGGCGGGGCGUACUAGCAGAAUCUGGUGCCGGAGCACGAAAGGGGAGGGGUAAACGAACUAAGAGGAAGAUAAAAAAAGAUUUGAACAGAGGACAGAUGGUUGGUGAAGGACGAGCUGGCUUCCUCUGGCCUGGAUUAAACGCUCCUGUUGUGAAAAGUGGAACCAUUCAAUCAAUCGGAAAGCGUGACCAAAAGCAGCAGGAAGACCUGCAGGCACAAGCCCUUCGACAGCAGGAGGAAUGGGACAAGAAAAGGAAGAUGAAAGUUAAAAGAGAAAGAGGCUGGACUGGUAGCUCCUGGGGUGGCAUCAGCCUGGGUCCCCCUGACCCUGGUCCUAAUGGAGAAACGUAUGAAGAUUUUGACUCCAAGGUGAUUGAGGUUAAAAGUGUCUUCAACAUGACGGCUAAAGAAGGGAGGAAGAGAUCAAUCAGUGCUCUGGUCGUGGUUGGAAAUGGAAAUGGGGCUGCAGGUUUUGCAUUAGGCAAAGCACCUGACAGAACAACAGCACUCCGAAAGGCAAAGAACAGAGCCAUCCACUACUUGUACUUCAUAGAGCGGUACAACGAUCACACCAUUUAUCAUGAUAUAACAUCGAAAUUUAAACGAACAACUAUAAAAAUGAAGAAGCAGAACUACGGGUAUGGACUACAUUGUCAUCGAGCUAUCAUUACAAUAUGCAAAUUAAUUGGAAUCAAGGACAUGUAUGCCAAGGUUACUGGAUCAACAAAUCUAUUGAAUAUUACUAGAUCCCUUUUCCAAGGAUUAUCAAAGCAGGAGACUCACAAUGACUUGGCUGACAGGAAGGGGUUGCAUGUAGUGGAGUUUCGCAGCGAAUGUGGGCCUUUACCCAUAAUUGUGGCCUCCCCACGUGGCGCGGUCCGGAAUGUGCCAGAACCCGAAGAUGAAAUUCCCGACAUCAAGUUGGAUUGGGGUGAAGUGAAAGCAGCGCAGGGCAUGAAACGGUCCAUCUGGGCAAACGUCAAGCGUACAAUAUGGUGACCAUCUGGUAUUUGACAAGAAGGUGUUGUUGAAGCAAUCUUGCUUACCAAAUAUGCAAAGAAAACUGCAGGUCCUAGCUGGAACACAGAAGCUUUCUGCAGUGCUUGCAGCAACAUAACAUUGCAUCCUCUCUCCUGAUUGUAGUUUAUGUGAAAAAAAAUUAUCAGUUAACUUAACUUACCAAUUUUGUUGUGAUUUCUUUACAAGGGGGAGUGGAGCACCAUAGACUAUGGUGCAUAUAAUGUUGUCCAUCGCCUUAACGCAAAUAAAAUACCUUUUAUUUAA